AGAACAGGUUGGUGCUUUGGCCCUAAGCGCAAAUCGGCGGCUUUGUCGCGCUUUUUCGGAUUUGGCGGGUGCAAGUCUGGACAUGACUCAUACACCACCUUGGCGGCCGAUCGGACCACCGCCAGUGCUGCUCGUAUCGUCGCCGCGCGUCGGUUGUCUUCGUUCGUCUCGCCGCGGCACGUUCGCGUCUAUGAUCCGUUAGCGCGUUUCUCUCCGUUCAUCCCGAAAGGCAACAUGGCGCGAAAGAUCGUCGAAGUCCAAGCGUCCGGAGACGCAGCGGCCGCCAGCGGUAGCGCAGGAGCGCCGCAACAGCCCCGGCCCAACCUGCUGCCGCUUCAGACGCACCUGAGCAUUCCGCUGCUGCUGCCGACCCCGACCCGCGAAGAGACCCAAGAAGAGGGGCGCGUGCUGCUGAGCACCUUCAUUGACUACCAAGUGGCGCAGGAGGGCAUGGAGCACCCCGAGGCCUUGGGGGACAUGGUGUACUCGCAAACCCUGGAGGGGGCCGAGGCAGCCCAGGCACCCCCCAGCCGCGAGGAGGUGCUUCUCGCACACCCCGUAUACCGCCGCGUGGGCCGGGAGCUGCGGGACCUGGCGGAGCGCUUCUCGUACAGCCCCGAGCGCAGCCGGGUGCGCCAGGAGGCGGACGCCUUGGACCUGUCGACCCUGACCGGGGAGAACUUGAACAGCCUGAUGCUGGAGCUGUUCCACGAUGGCUUCAGCAGGGAGCGCCUGGUCACUUUCUUCUUCUUCUGCAGCGACCUGAUCCUCAGGGCCCUGCGCACGUCCCUGGGCGCCUGCCUGCGUACGCAGGUAGUCCUCUGGGUCUGGGCCUUCCUCAGGGACAACGUCUGCGACUGGGUGCUUCAGAGGGGUGGCUGGGAGGUGGUGCUCACCAGCUACCUGCCUAGUCUUGUUGUGACCGCUGCAGGCGUCGCCGUCUGUGCCGCUGCCAUUUUCUACAUCUGGAAGAACUGGUGACUGUUUGGCCGGCGGCCACGCGCUUGUGUUAGAAGUGCCAAGGACGUAUGACGGGUGACUCACCACCACUUUUGAUCUCUUUUCGUGCGGGGCAUUGUCGAACUGGUGCCUUCGAAGCCUCUCGGGGCCUUACUGCCGCAGGGCCAAGUGCAAGAAGUGUGCGGGCAACGGACACUGCCGUGCGGAGGGAUUUUGGAGGCCACUUCGCUUAGUCCCCCCUUUUUUCCUCCCCCCCUCUCGCGCUUGUGUGGUGAGUGAGCAUAGUCGCUUUUUUUUUUUAUGCUUUCAUAUUUAUGAGCUGCUUUAUGCUUUACUUGAAGACUGAUCUGUUUUGCCACUAAUUUAUGCGAUGCUUUGAACUGUCUUUUUUGUUUGCUUAGAUUUAUUUUUCUUUGUAUUCGUGUGAGUGCUACUUCAGGAAGUGUUCUUGUUGUGUGUCACAUUUUAUGCUCAAUGUGAGAGGUCUAUUUUCAGCGACAUUUUUUAAUAAGAGUUCUCUCAGAGUGCUGGUUUCACGUUACUCUUUAAAUAACUGACAGAGAAGCAUUGCUUUUCGAAAAAGAAAAAAAAAGUUUGGAAGGUUUCACAUUUAAUGGACCUCAUUUCAAGCGUUCCAAGUUCUUGCACGCAUUUGAGCGUUUAGAUGCUAAUUUAACUUUACCAUUUUGAGUUUGUUUCAAGGUGUCCAACUGGCCAUUAUUUAUCUUUGCAGUGUUUUUCUUGGCUGACAACAUCUUGUUUACUGUUUGUGUGCAUCAACUCUUGCCUUCACAUCACAACACUUGCUCCUGACUGCCUCGCUUAGCGUGCUUCAGAACACUUUAUGGCUCAAACUUGUUUUUAAAAAUGAUGCCUGCCUUUUAAGGUGAUGACAGUCCUCGCCCAUUCUUAUCUGCUCAUCGAUAUGAUUGUGUGAGAGGAGGCUCGUCCCCAAAUGUGCAUGCUCAGAAUUGAUUUGCUCCAUUGGAUGUUCCUUUAACAUCCUGCCACCAUUAUUAUGAGGGGCAGUGCGGAGAAGACGAUGGGGAGGUUUUUACAGGCCGAGCAGCGGGCCUGUCAUGUGCCUUUGCUAGUUGCUCAUGUUUUCACAGUAUUGGGUCACAUGGUUUGAUGAAAGGAAUGCAGGAUUGGAGUUUUAAAUCUGCCAGAAUUCCAGUUCUGUCUACUCUGACACUGCCAGUUUAUGUUUGUCUGUGGUGUGGAGUUUUGAUGGAGUGACAACUUUUGUACCAUACGAAAUGUUAUUUUUUUAUAUCCCUCAGAUAUGUGUUGCCAAUAAACAAGAAACCUUGAUACGUCCUUUUGGUGCUUUUUUUAUCAAUAAAUGGAAGUUUUUUAAAUCUUUA